AUGGAUCUACUGGCGUUAAUUGUGAUGGCAGCAAACAUAUUUACUGCGGCCAGUGUACCAACAACUGCCAGCACACAUGAGUCCCUGUUCUUAACUCCACUUCUAGAUCAAGGUAACAUCCAUGCUGCCAAAGAAAGGAGCCGGGUAGCCGAGGACACGAUUCAUAACAUUCCGGCAAGUCACUCUGGUUUUAUCACCGUGGACAAAGAGCUUGGGAACCAUCUUUUCUUUUGGUACUUCCCUUCUCAACUCAACGCAUCAGCCCCGCUUCUUUUAUGGCUCAAUGGAGGUCCGGCUGUUUCAUCCAUGGUUGGAUUGUUCUGGGAGCAUGGUCCAAUGGAAGCUAAAAUGACAGAAGAAGGAGUCGAACUAACCCACAGAAAUUAUACCUGGGUGGGUCCAUUCUCAGUUGUUUAUGUUGACAAUCCGGUAGGAACCGGUUACAGCUUCUCAGAUCAAGGCGAAGCCGGUUACAAGGCGACGCAAGAUGGCUACACCGCUGAUUUGUAUAGCUUCGUUUUGCAGUUCUUCAAAAUGUUUCCUGAGCACAAAAGGCGAGACUUCUACCUUAGUGGACAGUCUUACGCUGGCAAGUACGUACCUGCUCUUGCAUACAAAAUCCACCAAAAAAAUGAAAAUGAGACCAAUAAGAUUCCUCUUCGAGGCAUAAUACUUGGUGGUCCAUAUUUCGACCCCAGAACUCAACAUCCUGCAUAUUUCAGCCACCUGUACAGCCUUGGUGUCAUAAGUAAAGCAGAUUCGCUCAUAUACAGAAACGAAUUGUUUGAUUUACACCGGCAAUUUCGAUCUGGAAAACAUACCAAUACCACAUGGUUUGAAAUUACAGACACAAUCCUUCGUUAUAACGAAAUUCCACUUCAGAGUUUUGACAAUUAUGUCAGUAAACAAAAUGUUGAGUACAGUACAGUGACGGCUGCAAUGAUGUUACCUGAAAUACAAAGGGCGCUAAACGUAGGAAACAACCACACUUUUGUGUUUCCCAACCUAAAUUUGAUGAACGAGUUUAUUCCAGAUUUUUUCGCAAGCUCCAUUAGAAAGAUGGCUUUUAUACUGAACAACUAUAAAGUACUCAUCUUCAACGGUGAUUACGACUUGGUGACCAGUUCUGCUGUGGUAGAAGCCGCAUUGCUGGCGACACCGUGGCUUAAGCAGAAUGAUUACCGUGAAAGCCGAAGGACAUUUUGGACUGAAGAUGACCGUUUGAAAGGAUUCUUUUCCCAGACUGGUCAGUUUUGCCGGGUCGUUGUCCAUGGCGCUGGACACCAGGUCCCUCAUGAUAUGCCAGACGUGUCCUUGGAGAUGGUCACUCAUUUCCUGCAGGAUGGCUGUAUCAAACUAAACCAUAAUACGACUUCCUCUUAA